AUGCAUGCAGAAGCACGAUCGUCUCAUUUUUUUUCUCACCAUCACGAUGGUCAUAUUAUUUCAUGCCUGAAAUUCUAUUGCGCAAAUGGAAUGAGAUUGACUUUUAUGUCUGUAACAUUAAGUAACACGAUGUCUCUUAAUGAGAUCUCGACUUCCGUCAGUAGAGUUGCAGUUAAUUUUUGUGCAAGUCUUUUGAUAUUGUUUUCAAGACAACAAAGAUUGCAACAAGUUUCAGAGCUUUUAUCUUUUGAUAAAUUUUUAAUGUUACAAAUUACUCUAGAGUUAAAUUAUGAGGUUUAUGCUAAUUAA